AUGUUCAAGAACAAUAAACUUGAUGAUUAUCUUGGUAUUUAUCCAACUACUCGAGAAUAUCAACUUUGGAUGUUGAAUCCAUAUGAUAAAAAUGGUAAAGAAAUACUAUUUCAAGGAAUUAGAUAUUGUACCGAUAAUGACACAUGUCAAUGUAAAAGAUGUAAGAAAAAUCGAAUGAAUGAGUGGCCUUAUGAACGAUCAUUGUCUGCAAAUCUUUUAUAUUUAACUGGCCUACAUAUGAAUGAUAUUAAUUACAAUGAAAUCAUCAAAUUUGAAGAAACUCUAGUCUCCGAUUAUCUAAGACAUAUUGGUGAAUUUUGGAAAUAUAUUACCGAAUUAUGUUUAUUAGCUGGUGAAAAUGGAAUUGAAAUACUGGGCCAAUUCAAUAAUGGAUUAUUUGACAAACCAUUUGUAUAUCAUCGUCGACUUCAUAAACCUUGUCGGAAUAUUCCACAUCCGAAAAGAAAUAAAAAAAUAAUUAAAUAUUGUAAACAAAAAUAUAGAAUAUUACAUGAAAUUUUUGAAAAUUGA